AUGUUGGGUUUCAAGAGGUUCAUCACCACGUCCAAGGGAUUGAAUAGUGCGGCAGCUACGGCUUCUCGAGUAGGAGCAGAUUCUUCAGCGACCCCAACUGUUUCUGCCUUAAGGUUCGCCUUGUCUUUGGAAACUCCGAGCAACACAUGGAGCAAGGAACAAUUGCGAGAAAUUUAUCACACUCCUCUGUUGGAAUUAGUUCACUCUGCUCAAUUGCAACACCGUAAGUGGCACGAUCCUACCAAAGUACAAUUAUGUACCCUGAUGAACAUCAAGAGCGGUGGAUGUUCUGAAGAUUGUAAGUAUUGUGCUCAAUCUUCGAGAUACGAUACUGGCGUCAAGGCUGAGAAAUUGGUAGCGCUUGAUGAGGUUCUGAAAGAGGCAGAAGAGGCGAAGAAAAACGGGUCGACCAGAUUUUGUCUAGGAGCCGCAUGGAGAGAUAUGCAGGGUCGGAAAUCGGGCCUUCGUAAGAUCUCGGAGAUGGUCACUAAAGUAAACGCCAUGGGAAUGGAGACCUGUGUCACCUUAGGUAUGGUUAACCAAGACCAGGCCAAACAGCUGAAAGAUGCUGGGCUAACCGCUUACAAUCACAAUAUCGACACUUCCAGAGAAUAUUAUCCCAAGAUUAUUACCUCCAGAUCCUACGACGAUCGUCUUCAUACCAUCAAAAAUGUUCAAACGGCUGGUAUCAAAGCAUGUACAGGUGGCAUCCUAGGUCUUGGAGAGACCGAGGAGGAUCACAUAGGUUUCAUUCAUACUUUGGCUACCAUGACCCCACACCCAGAGUCGCUACCGAUCAACAGGCUGGUCCCGAUCAGUGGUACUCCGAUGGUAGAGGAACUGAAGAGGGAAAAUGCCAAGAAACUCAAAUUCGACGAAAUAUUGAGAACCGUAGCUACGGCAAGAAUAACAAUGCCUCGAGCCAUAAUUAGAUUGGCUGCAGGAAGGUACACCAUGAAGGAAACAGAGCAGUUCUUAUGUUUCCAGGCGGGUUGCAAUGCCAUAUUUACGGGAAAGAAAAUGUUGACCACCAUGUGCAACGGCUGGGACGAGGACAAAGCCAUGCUCGCAAAGUGGGGAUUAGAACCAAUGCAAAGCUUCGAUUAUGAUGCCGAAAAGAGGAUCCUCGUUGCCGAGGGAUCCGCGUAG